AUGAGUGAUAUUGUUACCGUAAUAGCUCCCGUUAAUAUAGCAGUGAUUAAAUAUUGGGGAAAACGUGAUGAGAAAUUAAUUUUACCGUUAAAUGAUUCCGUUAGUGGCACUUUAGAUACGAGUGUUAUGUGUGCCAAGACUUCUGUUUGCGCCCGACCUGAUAUCUCAGAAAAUGAAAUAUGGCUUAAUGGAGUCCAGGCGACAUUUUCCAAUCAACGUUUACACAAUUGUUUGAACGAAAUAAAAGCAAUUGCAAGAAGUCAAAAAAGUGUCACUGAUGACUUUCUAACAUGGAAUGUACGUAUUUGCUCCGUAAAUAAUUUCCCUACUGCUGCAGGCUUAGCAUCUUCAGCAGCUGGGUAUGCUUGUUUAGUGGCUGCUUUAGCUAAAUUAUAUAAAAUUCAGACUGAUAUCAGCAAAAUUGCCCGAAUGGGUUCUGGAAGUGCUUGUAGAAGCGUCUACGGAGGCUUUGUAAGAUGGCACGCUGGUGUGAAUCCAGAUGGAAGUGAUUCAAUAGCAUCCCAAGUAGCUAAUUCUUCACAUUGGAAGGAAAUGAGAGUUCUAAUACUUGUCGUGGCAGAUACAAAGAAGCUUAUAAGUUCAUCUAAAGGAAUGACUUGUUCGGUGGAAACAUCAGAUCUUCUCAAAUACAGGGUUGAAUAUUCUGUACCAAAAAGAGUCGAAGACAUCUGUGAAGCUAUAAGAGAGAAAAACUUUGCUAAAUUUGCUGAGAUAACAAUGAAAGAUAGCAACCAAUUCCACGCCGUUUGCCUUGAUACAUAUCCUCCAUGUGUUUACAUGACCGAUGUUUCUCAUAAAAUUGUUGAAAUAGUUCAUAAAUAUAACGAAAUUAGUGGAGAUUUGAAAGUAGCCUAUACUUUCGAUGCAGGACCUAAUGCAUGUUUAUAUUUGUUAGAAAAAGAUGUGCCAGAAGUACUUUCUCUAAUAAAACACAUGUUCCCUACAUCUAGUAAUGAAUUCGUCAAAGGCUUAAAGGCUCCUGAAACAAAUAUGACAGAUGUUCUUAAGGACUUUCCAAUGAACCCACUCCAAAAGGACUUAAUGAAAUAUGUAAUUUAUACCAAAGUUGGUGAUGGACCUAAAGUAAUAAGCAAUGAGUCUCAUCUCUUAGAUGCACAGGGUAAAUUGGUUUAAAAAUGUUAUAACCAUAUACAAUAUAUUUAUUUCUUAAGCUCUAUUUUAAACAUUGCACAAAUAAUAUAAUAUAAGGUAUUCUAUUAUUAAGAAUAAUGGUUGAAUCAAAAUGAAUUUUUUGUAAUAUCUAUAUUUAUUAACAUUAAGCAAUACCUGUAAACUUUGAAUUAUAAU